UUUACGAUGGUGUAAUGAAUGCUUGUGUUGACGCGCGCUGUGGUAUCUGAAUUAGGUGUAGUAGUAGUAGAAGAAGAAGAAGAGAGAUUAAUUAAGUGGCAGGCUGCCAGCGAUGGUGAUGUUGUUUCCAUCGCCGGCGACGGCGGCGCUGCUGGUGCUGGUGGUGCUGCUGCUGCAGCUGCAGCUUUGGUCGGCGGAAGCGCAGGUGGCGGUGGGCUCAGGGCCGCCGGCGGGCUGCCCGGACAGGUGCGGCAACGUGAGCGUGCCGUUCCCGUUUGGCAUCCGCACCGGCUGCUCCCUCGAGGGAUUCGGCCUCACCUGCAACACCACGAGCAAUCCCCCGCGGCUGAUGAUCGGCAACAGCACCCUGCAAGUCGUCAGCAUCUCGCUGGCCAACUCCACGCUGCGCGCCGUCGACAUCGCCGGCGCCGUGAACAUCACGUACGACGUCGUCAGCGGAACCACCGGCAACGGCACGUGGGGCGGCGUCGCCGCGACCUCAACCAACCCGUACGUCGUCUCCGGGGAACUCAACCAGCUCCUCGUCACGGCGUGCAACAUUCAGGUAACCCUUGUCGGCAGCGGCGGCAACGUCAUCACCGGCUGCUCUUCCUUCUGCUCCAUCAACGACAAGUACACGGGUGGCGUGUUCAGAAGCCCCGGCAACAAGUGCGCGGGCAUCAGUUGCUGCCAGACGCCCAUCUCCAUCGGCCGCCCGUCCUACAGCGUGAAAGUGACGAUCAUGGAUAACGAGUACAGAGGUGAGGUGCCCGAAGCGAUCCGCAUCGCCGAGCUAGGAUGGUUCGACGGCCUCGCCGCCAACCUGCUCAAGAAGCCUGCAGCGAAUGACACCUCGCUCCGGACGCCGGUCCCGGUGGUGCUGGAGUGGGCGGUGGCAUCCACCGGCCUGGAUGUCACGCUCGACGCCGGGCUGAACAACCAGGCUGCCAAUAACUGGUCCUGCCCCACGCCCGGCGAGGCAAGAAGGAGCGCGUGCAUAAGCAACAACAGCUACUGCCACAACGUCACCGACAACUACCGAAGCGGUUACGUCUGCCGUUGUGACGACGGGUACGACGGGAACCCGUACGUCGCCGGCGGAUGCCAGGACAUCAACGAAUGCGAGCGGCCAAAGGAGCACGGCUGCUUCGGCGAGUGCACCAACACGCCGGGAGCCUUCUUGUGCAGAUGCCCGCACGGUGCCCGUGGUAACUACAGCAUUCCAAAUGGCUGCACCAAAUCCAAUCUAGGUUUAACUAUUGGAGUUGGAAUUGGUAGUGGUGCCGGCCUUUUUAUCCUGGCACUUGGUGCUGUCUUUUUAACACGUAAGAUUAAACAACGGAGAGCAAGAACACUAAGACAGAAGUUCUUCAAACAGAACCGUGGCCAUUUGUUGCAACAAUUGGUAUCUCAAAAGGCCGACAUUGCUGAAAGGAUGAUCAUCCCCUUGGCAGAACUAGAAAAGGCCACAAAUAACUUUGACAAUUCGCGUGAGCUUGGAGGAGGAGGACAUGGCACCGUAUACAAAGGUAUUCUCUCAGACCUUCAUGUCGUCGCAAUCAAGAAAUCAAAUGUGACAGUCCAAAGGGAGAUUGAUGAGUUCAUAAACGAGGUAGCCAUUCUAUCACAAAUCAACCACCGCAAUGUGGUGAAACUUUUUGGAUGUUGUCUUGAGACCGAAGUGCCAUUGUUGGUUUAUGAAUUCAUAUCAAAUGGUACGCUUUAUCACCAUCUUCAUGUUGAAGGACCAACAUCAUUGCCAUGGGAAGAUAGGCUCAGAAUUGCUACUGAAACAGCUAGAUCCCUUGCUUACCUUCACUCUGCUGUGUCAUUCCCUAUAAUCCACAGGGAUAUCAAGUCCCAUAAUAUCCUAUUGGAUGGCUCACUAACGACAAAAGUCUCAGACUUUGGAGCUUCAAGGUGUAUCCCAGCUGAACAAAAUGGGGUUACAACUGCUAUUCAAGGAACACUAGGAUACCUAGAUCCCAUGUACUACUACACAGGACGUCUCACGGAGAAGAGUGAUAUUUAUAGCUUUGGAGUUGUUUUAAUGGAGUUGCUUACUAGGAAAAAACCACACUCAUAUAGAUCGGCUGAGGAUGAGAGCCUUGUUGCACAUUUCACUACCCUACAUGCACAUGGCAACUUGGGUGACAUAUUUGAUGCGCAGGUUAUGGAGGAGGGGAAAAAGGAAGUUAAUGAAGUAGCCGUAUUAGCUGUGGCAUGUGUCAAGUUAAAAGCAGAAGAGCGACCGACUAUGAGACAGGUGGAAAUGACACUCGAGAGCAUUCGAUCAUCAUCACUGCAGCAAGAAGUAUUGCAUAGUGUUAGCACAAAGAAAUCUAAGGAGCUUCAUGUCUCAUGGAGCCAUGCAAUAAGUGAGGGUACAAGCUUAGAUUCAACUAGGCAAUAUAGUCUCGAAGAAGAGAACUUGUUAUCAUCAAGGUAUCCUCGAUAGCGAUUUUUUAAUUUUUCUUGUGUGAGUUUGGAUCGAUAUAGAAAGCUUAUGUUGUCCUCGAUGUACAAGGUCUCCCUAGUUUUUUUUUCUCUCCAUGUAUGAUACGCACGUAGUAUUUCAUAGCUAAAUGUAGUAAUAUCUUAUUUUAUUGUUCUUCAUCUGAAUGUGUAUUUUUCUGUUUGAUUUCAUCCAAGUAAAUAUCAAGAUACCUUUUGUAUUGUACUAA